CGUUAGCACAAAAAAAAAGAAAAAAAAGAAACGCCACAUAAAUGUAGCUGUGGAGCUUUUAUUUCUUCCUCUUGGCACAUUAUUCGUGUUGGUAGCAGAUCAGUAACACCAUCUGCGGCGUGUGUGCUCGCCGGGUAGCAGGGGGGGAUAGCGGAGUUUGUAUUAAAACGCCACUUUUUUUUAAAAAAAAGUUGUCAAAUGUUUGUGUUUGGGGUUCAGCUAGCCAACGCCGCCUAGCUGUAGCCGCCGUGCUAGUUAGCGUUAGCUCGGGUCGCGAUUGUGAAGUUAAUGCGAGCUGAACUACUUGAGGAGGAAGACGCUGGGUGUGAUAGGUUUGUCAUCUACUAAGAGUUAAACAACUUAAGUGUCUGCACGGAGCAUUUUCGGGUUUUACGCCAUUCAGUGAGCCCAGUUGUUCCCGGUAGCCGAGGAGCGAGUGAGCUAGCGCCGUUAGCUACUUAACGGUAACUUGGUUGCUAACGAGGCUCUGCCGAUCCGCCGAUAUGUUCACGAAGUUAUCGAUAACCUCAGCCACUCGUACUGUCGGCUAACGUGGACGUGCAGUGUCGGUGUGUGACUGUUUCGUGUGUGUGCUUCGUGAGAAAACAGUGGCGUUGUGGUCGCAAUUUAAAGUAAAGUCGACCCUCCAGAAGUUGUGAACCAGCAACUCUAACAGUGUAAACUAAGUUGUCAACCUGAGUGGGACAACAGACAUUGUUCUCCAGGUGAAACUAAGUGGACAUCGUUUAAGGGGCUCCAUAGCACUUGGAUCUGUUCUUCCCUGUCCCAGGUUCAGACUGCUUGGUCUAUGGCUCUGAUGGACAAACACAAACAGGUCAAGCGGCAGAGACUUGACCGCAUAUGUGAGGGUAUCCGACCCCCUAUCCUGAAUGGGCCAAUGCACCCGCGGCCCCUAGUGGCCCUGCUGGACGGGCGCGACUGCACUGUGGAAAUGCCCAUCCUCAAAGAUGUGGCCACAGUGGCCUUCUGCGAUGCCCAGUCCACACAAGAGAUUCACGAGAAGGUGCUAAAUGAGGCAGUGGCUGCUCUACUCUACCACACCAUCACUCUGUCCAGAGACGACUUGGAAAAGUUUAAAGGCCUUCGCGUAAUUGUCAGGAUUGGCUCCGGCUUUGACAACGUUGACAUCAAAGCAGCUGCUGAGCUAGGCAUUGCCGUCUGUAACGUGCCAGCAUCCUCUGUGGAGGAGACAGCCGACACUUCGCUAUGUCUGAUCCUCAACCUGUACAGGCGAGUCACAUGGAUGCACCAGGCGCUCAGGGAGGGAACCCGGGCCUCUAGUGUGGAGCAGAUUAGGGAAGUAGCUGGCGGUGCUGCUCGUAUCCGGGGCGAGACAUUGGGCAUUAUCGGUCUAGGGCGUGUUGGCCAGGCGGUGGCUCUGCGGGCUAAGGCCUUUGGUUUUGGCGUGAUCUUCUAUGACCCCUACCUGCCUGAUGGUGUGGAGCGCUCACUGGGCCUGCAGCGUAUGGCUACCCUGCAGGACCUGCUCAUCCACUCUGACUGUGUAUCCCUGCACUGCAGCCUCAACGAGCACAACCACCACCUCAUUAAUGACUUCACCAUCAAACAGAUGCGUCAGGGAGCCUUCCUGGUGAACACAUCAAGAGGCGGCCUGGUUGAUGAGAAAGCAUUGGCUCAAGCCCUGAAAGAGGGCCGGAUACGAGGAGCUGCCCUGGACGUCCACGAGACAGAACCUUUCAGUUUUUCAACAGGCCCUCUGAAGGAUGCCCCCAACCUGAUCUGUACCCCGCACACAUCCUGGUACAGUGAGCAGGCAUCUGUGGAGGCUCGCGAGGAAGCAGCCAGGGAGGUUCGCCGCGCCAUCACCGGACGCAUCCCUGACAGUCUGAAGAACUGCGUUAACAAGGAGUAUCUGAUGGCAGCCUCCCAGUGGCCCAGCAUGGAGGCAGCCACUGUUCACCCAGAACUUAAUGGAGCCACUUACAGAUUUCCUCCAGGUCUGAUCAAUGUUGCAACUGGGGGUCUCCCUGGAGCUGGCACAGGGGUUGAAAGCCUGGUUUCAGGAACCCUGGCGCACGGCAUCGCCCCCGUCUCCCACCCCCCUCACGCCCCCUCCCCGGGGCAACCCAAGGCCGAAGCCGACAGAGACAUCCCCUCCGACCAAUAGCCCCCCCGUGCCGUCGCCAGCACAUUCCAUCACCUCUGGAAAGCAACCCCCACCUCCCGGCAUCAGACACAGCCCGACCCUCCAGUACAUUGGCAGCGCCAGUUUGACCUGAUGUGGAUCUACACAGUCUUGUUCCACAGAUCACAUAACCAGCCCAGGAGUGACUUAUCCACAGCUAGCCCCAUCCCAUCCACACCCCACGAACACAAAUCCCUCCAUCUUCGUCCUCAUCUCACCUACUCACCCGUCAUCCCCCUCCCCUCCC